AUGGGUAUCAACAAUCCUGUCCCUAGAAGUCUGUCUGCCGAGUGCAGAAAGGCUGCCCGUAUCCUCGCAAACUUUGUCAAACCAAACCAGCUCUUGGGCCAAGAUAUGGUCAUUCCACCAGAGGUACUCCAUAACGCAAAGGGUCUUGCAAUCAUCACCCAGCUCAAAGCAGGAUUCUUGUUCUCGGGCCGUGCUGGUUCCGGUGUCAUCGUAGCCCGCCUCCCAGAUGGUUCAUGGUCUGCCCCAUCCGCUCUCGUCACUGCAGGUGCCGGCGUCGGAGGACAAAUCGGUGCAGAACUAACUGACUUUGUCUUCAUCCUUAACACCCAAGCAGCCGUCGACACGUUUUCUCAUGCUGGCUCAAUCACCCUAGGUGGUAACGUGUCACUUGCUGCUGGCCCUCUGGGUCGUAACGCCGAAGUCGCUGGUUCCGCGUCCCGUGGCUCUGUUGCUGCCAUCUUCUCUUACUCAAAGACAAAAGGUCUCUUUGCCGGUGUCUCACUCGAAGGCUCAGUUCUGGUUGAACGUCGCGAAGCUAACCGUAAGUUUUACGGACCAAACUGUACUGCCAAGCAAAUUCUUUCCGGAAGAGUUGAACCCCCUCCAGAAGCUGACGUACUAUUCCGCGUGUUGGAGUCGCGCGCUUUCCGCACCGGAAGACAAGAUUACUACGAAGAUGACUUCUACGAUGAUAUUCCAGAAAACUUCUCUGAUUCUAGCUCUUAUGUUGGUCGCUCUGGGUCUCGUUCCGGAGGUAGACGUGGUGGCAAUUAUGAUGAUGAUGAUUAUGACGAUUAUGAUGAUUAUGACCGUAGAGGAAGCUCAAGCUCACGCGUCAGGAAUAAUAAUAACAACAACAACAGCAACAGCAACAACUCUUGGGAAGAUGAUUAUUAUGACCGCCCAAAUAACAAUAGCAGUAGCCUAGGAAGACGUGGCACCACUUCUUCUCGUGUUCGUGAAAAUAGUGGCAGAGAUUAUGACGACGACUACGAUAGUGUUGACCGUCUUGGUGACCAAAUGAGCCGUUCCAACAUUCGCAAUGACAGUUAUUCAUCGCAUGCCCCAGGACGUCCCCAAGCCCCAAAACCAAGAUGGGUUGACGAAACAGAAUCCCGCAGACCCUCACGAGCCGCCACUUACGACGAUGACAACAAUAACAGCAGCAGAUAUAGUAGCCGCCGCAGAGACUACGACAAUGAAUACGACUAUGAUGAUGUGGAGUACCGACGCCCAGUCUCUCGCCGCAACACAGUGGGUGGCAGUGUGGCUCCGAAACGAUACGACGAGCAGCGCCGCAGUGAACGCCAGCGUGAGGAUGAGCGCCGGGUUGAAGCAUCUGCCGGGGGUGACAAGGCAGUUGCUCUUUACACAUUUAAGGGAGAACAAGAUGGAGAUUUGGAUUUUAAGAAGGGAGAUGUGAUUACGAUUGUGAAGCGCAGUGAAAGUAAGGACGAUUGGUGGACUGGUCGUCGCGGUGCAUCCGAGGGAAUUUUCCCUGCAAAUUAUGUUGAAUUGAUGUGA